AUGCCACAUUUGAAAAAAUAUCUAAAGCUUGGUAGCGAUUCCGGGCACACCCCCUUACCUUCUCGAUACUCCUUUCUUCCCAAUCAAAACGGGGAGGAUUGUGUUCUCAUCAACGCAGCUGAAUUCACGUACGAGUAUUUCCAGCUUCUGGUCAAUAAUAAGCCGAAAAAAGCGUACAAGAAGUUUUAUAAGCUAAAGGUGGCUUAUGAUGAGUGCCAAAAGCGUUGCGCAGAAGUACAAGCAAAGUACACUGCCGAUCUGGAAUGCAAGAACCAGAAAAUCGCCGAUCUCGAGAUGCAGCUGAAAGAGAUGACAGAGCGUUCUAGUGGCCAAGGAGCGAUUAUUGGUACAACAAUGUCCUCUGGGGUGACGCAGUCAGGGGGCACCUACAGUGGUUCGAUUACUACAUCGAGCGGGCAUGUCAGGCAGGGCGACGAUCUCGCCGGUAAGUUACAUAUACCUGCAUGCAUCGCAUUAGAACAGCUAGCUAAAAUAAAAGUAGAUUCAAGAAACCAACAUCCAUUUAACCUUAUAUUUUGUGGGAAUGCAAAUGUGGAGAUACAAGUGUACACCCCAGCCAGCUAA